GGUUUAUCUUCUCUGUUAGUUUUACCAAUGUCUGUUCUGACCGGAGCCCGGUCUGGUUCAUCAUUAAUCGGCCUACUUCGACGCUGUGACACGUAUUUGUUCGACUGUGAUGGCGUCCUCUGGACUGGUUCCAAACUUAUUCCUGGUGCAUCGCAGUUAGUUGAACAUGUGCUACAAACUGGUCGAACUGUCUUCCUCAUCAGCAAUAAUAGCUCAAAGUCUGUGGAACAAUAUGCGAAAAAGUGUGCUGACCUCGGACUGCCAGUGACAGCGGAAAACGUAAUCUGUUCUGCCAAUGUUACAGCGAGUUUUCUGCACACUCACGGAAUUCU